AUGUCGGAUAUGAAAUUUGGUAAAGUUACAGCAGCUGCGUCACUCGCAACCUCUGGAUCAGCCUACACCAUCGUAGCUGGAAGCUAUAACACCUCCCUAACUACCUAUACAUUCGAUCCAGAGUCAAACGAGUUGGGAUACGGCAAGCAACAUUCACUUCCACAAGGUUUCGCACCUUCUUGGAUCCAGGAAUCACCUGUGAAUGAUGCAAUUAUCGCCGUCUGCUCAGAGGCAUUCCCAGGUGAGGUAGCCUCGACUGUGUUAGAAAGUGCGGAUACCCACAAUGUAGUCAACUCUCUUCCAUCUGGUGGUGACGGUCCAGCUAGCGGUGGAUUCACAGCUGAUGGCCAGUACUUCAUAGCUGCCAAUUAUGCAAGUGGAAGCGUACAAGCGUAUUCUGUUGCUGAAGAUGGAAAAAUCACUGCUCUUGGUGAAAGUACCGCCUUAACUGGUUCUGGUCCAAAUGCUGAUAGACAGACAUCACCACACCCUCACCAUGUCAUCGCAUCACCAGUUGAUGACCAAACUGUGUAUAUUCCAGAUCUUGGUAGCGACGUCAUUCUUCAAUUUGCAGUGAAGAACGACAAGCUGGAGAAGGUGUCCGAGUAUGAAGCACCAGCUGGUUCAGGACCUAGACAUGGCGUAUUCCAUCCAGAAUCCUCCCUCUUGUACGUCGUUACGGAACUCUCAAAUGAGGUACUCGUGUAUAAGCUUGGAGAUGAUGGAAAACUCAGCUUAACGUCGCAAACAUCUAUUGUUCCAAAAGAGAAAGCAGAAAAAUCAUCAAUGCAAGCAUCAGAAAUUGUUAUUAGCAGCGAUGGAAAGUAUAUCUAUGCAGCCAACCGUGAUGUAAAACCAUCUGGAGCCGAUGACGAAGAUCAUAUGGCAAUUUUCAGCGUUUCUGACAAUGGUGAGACAUUGGAACUUACCAAACACGUUAAAGUGGGCGGUAUACAACCACGUGCAUUUGUUUUAUUCGGCGCAGAAGAUGAAUACCUCAUCAUUGGUAAUACAUAUGAGAAUAAUCCUAAUGUCGUGGUAUUCAAACGUGAUAGCCAAUCAGGAGAUCUUGAACAAGUUGCAAAAGCAUCUGGUCAAUCACCAACAUCUUUCAUUUGGUUAGCUGAUUUGUAAAAACUUAAUUUUUAAAUUGUUAAAUUGUAAUACUUGUUGUUUCAAGACAACGUGUAUGGCUUAUCGUAUAGUCA